GCGCCGACCACGCGUCCCGAGCCUCCCCCGACUCGACCCGCGCCCACCACCCAGGCCGCCAUCCGCCACUUGUUUUUCUUCUGUCAUUCAAAAAAUUUUUUUUUCCGUCUGUUGUUGGAUUUGAGAGAAUUAGAAACAUUUUUUUUUUUUCUUUACGAUUGUUGUGUGACGGGGACAGCCCGCUCGAGACGUUCCCAAGGUUCCCGGGCGCAGGAGCGGAGAGCCGAGGCAGCCUCGAGGGCCGGUGCACCGCCAAGGACAAAAGGAGCCCCGUUGCCUCCGGAUGCUCAGCAUGAAGAAGGCCGAAAUGGUCAGGUUCAACAUUUCCCCGGAUGAGGACAGCAGCAGCUACAGUUCCAACAGCGACUUCAACUAUUCCUACCCCACCAAGCAAGCCGCUCUGAAAAGCCAUUAUGCUGAUGUGGAUCCUGAAAACCAGAACUUUUUACUUGAAUCAAAUUUGGGGAAGAAGAAGUAUGAAACAGACUUUCAUCCAGGUACUACUUCCUUUGGAAUGUCAGUAUUUAAUCUGAGCAAUGCGAUUGUGGGCAGUGGAAUCCUUGGGCUUUCUUAUGCCAUGGCUAAUACUGGAAUUGCUCUUUUUAUAAUUCUCUUGACAUUUGUGUCAAUAUUUUCCCUGUAUUCUGUUCAUCUCCUUUUGAAGACUGCCAAUGAAGGAGGGUCUUUGUUGUAUGAACAACUGGGGCAUAAGGCGUUUGGAAUGGUGGGAAAGCUAGCAGCCUCGGGAUCAAUCACCAUGCAGAACAUUGGAGCUAUGUCCAGCUACCUCUUCAUAGUGAAAUAUGAGUUACCUUUGGUGAUCAAGGCAUUAAUGAACAUUGAAGAUACAAAUGGAUUGUGGUAUCUGAAUGGUGACUAUUUGGUCCUGCUGGUGUCCUUGGUGCUCAUUCUACCUUUGUCGUUGCUGAGGAAUUUAGGAUACUUGGGAUACACCAGUGGUCUUUCCUUGCUGUGUAUGAUGUUCUUUCUGAUUGUGGUGAUUUGCAAGAAAUUUCAGAUCCCCUGUCCUAUGGAAGUUAGUUUACUACUCAAUGAAACAGUGAACAGCACCUUUCUUCCUUCUUACCUGGCACAGAACAUGUCUAUGACUGAAGGGGAUUCCUGCAGGCCACGUUAUUUUAUCUUCAACUCACAGACUGUUUAUGCUGUGCCAAUUCUGACAUUUUCAUUUGUUUGCCAUCCUGCUGUUCUUCCCAUCUAUGAAGAACUGAAAAGCCGCAGCCGUAGAAGAAUGAUGAAUGUGUCCAAGAUUUCAUUUUUUGCUAUGUUUCUGAUGUAUCUGCUUGCUGCCCUCUUUGGAUACUUGACAUUUUAUGAACAUGUUGAGUCAGAACUGCUUCAUACCUACUCUUCUGUCCUGGGAGCUGACAUUCUUCUUCUUGUCGUCCGUUUGGCUGUGUUGGUGGCUGUCACCCUGACUGUACCAGUGGUUAUUUUCCCAAUCCGCAGCUCCAUAACUCACUUGUUGUGUGCGGCGAAGGAUUUCAGUUGGUGGCGCCACAGUGUCAUUACAGUUUCUAUCCUGGCAUUUACCAAUUUGCUCGUCAUCUUUGUCCCUACUAUUAGGGAUAUUUUUGGUUUCAUUGGUGCGUCGGCUGCUGCCAUGCUGAUCUUUAUUCUUCCAUCUGCCUUCUACAUCAAGUUAGUGAAGAAAGAGUCUAUGAGAUCUGUACAGAAAAUUGGGGCUCUGCUCUUCCUCAUGAGUGGUGUCGUGGUGAUGAUCGGAAGCAUGGCUUUGAUUGUUUUGGAUUGGGUACACAAUGCCUCUGCAGGUGGCCAUUAAUUGGCACCACUGAAACUCAAAUAGUCCAUGUGAUGCCAGUGUUGAGUCAUCUCAACUGCUAUGAAAUUUCACAUAAUGUUUUCAGUUCACUUCCUUUUGAAGUGCAGAUUCCUCGCUGGUUCUUCUGGAUGCAGAAUAAGUGAACUUUUCUUUUUGUUUUGUUUUUUUUAAAAGAAACUUAUCUGUAUGUAAGGAAUGGAUACGAACAGCAAAACCACGAGUCUCUGGUUAAGGGAAGUGACGAUUUUAUUCCAUUCCAGAGAAUGGACGAACUCUUAUCAAGCCACAUGUUUGGCUUUGUCAUUGUUUAACUUAGAUAUUUUAUGGUUUUACUUGAAUGUGCCUAAUGGAACCAUUCGAUGUGAGAAACAAUUCUUAAUUCAUAGCAAAGUAUUGAAAUACGCAUUGAGAAAAACACUUAUUAUUUUUUGUACCAAAAAUACUUAAAAGACCUCAGAAGCACUAUUUUACUUUUAAGAAAUUGCUUUGUUUUUGAACUUUAUCCAGAACCAGUUGUCAGUAAACUCUGUAAAAUAACUUCAUUAGUAUUUAAAGAUGAAUAUUAGUAUUGUGAGGUAACUUUGCCUUUUUUGCAGGCAUUUAAGCCAAAUACUUUUUUACCCAAAAUCAUUUUAGGGAAAUGUUGUUUUGAAAAAUUGUACCAUGAGCUAGAGUUUUUUCCACUCAAACUUCAUUUAAAGUAUAACUAUUGUUGCACUGAGUCUGGUGAACUCGGUUCAUCACUUUCUUCUGCCCCAAGUAAUUGGUUCAUUUAGACUGAGUUGAUUAGUCUCCAACCUGUUGGAAUGGAAAAUAAUGUAGAUAUUUCUGUGGGAAAUAACUAAUUUCAAGGUACCAAAUAGUGCAAUUGGGUAAAACAGGGUUUAUUCAGUUGCAUCUGUCUCCAGAGUUGUAUUAACAGCUUUGGAUCUUUUUGGGCCAGCCCUUUUAAACCAUUGCUUCCAGCAGUGAAAAAUGGGCAUUUGAUGGCCACAGGCCAAAAUUGUUCUAUGCAGAGAGUACAACUUCUCAAACGCUCGUCCACUGGAAGUGUGAUUUACCCAACAGUAUGUGGCUUAGUUGUGUUCAGUUUUGUCUGUAGUAGAGGUCUAGUCCACAGGUCACACCUAGUAUCUGGUAUAAUACAAGUUUCCCGUGCAGUGAGCUUUCUAAAAAUUUGCACUGGAUUGUCAUCUCAUUCUUGUACAAUGCUGAAUUAUUUGUUUACAUCGAACAAAUGACUAGUUAGGGAAAACAGUGCAACUUGAUUGUAUGUAGGUUUUUGGUCCAACUGCAUGCUCACCCCUUCCAUUUCAAUUCCACUUAAAAAUGAAAACAUAACUUUGAAACUUGGCUUUAAGAGCACAUGUAUUGUAUGUUACAGUGUAUGGUGACUAUACUAUUAAGUAAUGUGGUACUUUGCUCAUCAGGCAUAACAUCUAAAAUCUUACACAUAAUUCCAUUAAGUGGUUGAGGGAAGCAAAUAAUGGAAUCAGCUAGCCACAUGGCUCUUAAACAGCUUUAGUUUGAGGCAAGGGCCAGAAAUGUGGCAAACAUGGUUAUUUUGUUUGUUUGUUUUUGUUAUGCAUUCUUGUAUUAUAUAUGUGACUAAAAUUAUAGGCAAGAUUUGUCAGCUGUUAAAGACCCUUACAGAACUGGAAGACGUCUUGUAGUGCUGCAUUGGGUGAGAACGAUGGUCCAUUUUUGUUUCUGCGAAGAUGAGAUGACUGGGGACCAUCUGGAAAGAGCAAGGCAGUGAAAAGCUGAACUACAGCAUUGCUUUCAUAUAAGUGGACUUUGGGCACUCCAUUUGAAUCCAGAACCUCACCUGUACUUCAGACCAAGAAUCGGCAUGUCUACUUGAAUUCCCAGAAAGAGCUGCUCAUGUGAUAGACCUGCCAGGGAACACUGAGAAAUGAGUUCACACUUUCUUGCGCUGGCGAAAGUACUGUAGCAACCAGGAAGGAAUAGAGAAAAAGAAUCCUACCCCUAACCUCCACUACUUACGGUUCAGAAUCAAUUCCUGGAUAAAAUUCCAAUGCAUGCUUUUCUUGGAACUAUUUUACCUGCCUUGAGGUUCCCGAACAGUGAAUUCCCAUUAAUGAGCAGUCUUCAGUAUUAAAGCCACUGUCUUGUCACCUCAUUUUGCAUUACUGUCUUCCGUGGAUGUUUUCAGUUAUAACUGUAAUGUUAUUUAUAGAACAUCAUUAAUCCAUUAAAGCUAACCUAUUUUUCAAUAUUUAUGAUAAUCUAUGUACAUACAUUGUCCAUAUGUAUUUGUAAAUAGGUUGUAUAUAGUGUCAGGAUUGGGUCUUGGGUUAAGUGUAUAUAUUCCUGCAAUUUUUCUUAACUGCAUUUUGAUGAAUUCACAUCUGUAAGUCCCCAAAGUACCUACUUUGACAUUGUAUAAAUACUAAACAUUUAAAAUAUUUGUUUAAAUUGUAUUUGCAAUAAACUGGUUGGACAUCAGAUUUUUUUUUCAUGAAAACUUGGUGCAAGUUCAGAUCUCUUAUUUAAGUUUUCAGUGAUACCUAAGUUUCAAAAUGCAGUAGUAGUCAAUGUGAUCUAAUACAGUGAAGUCAAAUGUGAUCUAAUUAUGAAAGACUUGAGAAGCCUGGGUGUGUUCAAUUGAUGUGUAUAUAGUGUAAAUAUCCCCCAUUGUACUGUUAGGCCAACAAUUCCAGUGUGGCUUGUUGGCAAAGAGUGCUACACCAGUUUCAAUGAAACAUGUAUGUUUUAGCUGAACUAAAAUAAAUACAUGCUUACUCCUGA